AUGCUCUUCACAAUUUUCAUCACUUUACUCGUUUUAUUGGUGUACACGAUUUUGAGAUACAGCGCUUGGUUGAUUUCCCGUGUUCUCUCGAUCGUUUUUGGUUUUCAAAUAAAUGUUGGCGGAUUUUGUCGAUUUGGCGUGUUUGAUGUGCGUGUUCGCCUAAAAAGUGGUGUCACUUUUCACGUGGAUUCGCUGAGGAUACGAUUUUUCCCAAACCGAUUCAGUAAACCGAUCGAAUUGGAGCUAGGCGAUGUGCGGAUUGAGACCGAUAAAAAAGAGAUCAAAAAAGAUCAAGCAAAUUCAAGCAAUCAAGCAAAUUCACGCAAAACAACAACGGGAAGAGUGUCGAGAAUUGCUCUGCUUUUUGCACAGUAUAUCGGCAUUCAUCUGAAUCGAGUACAUGUUGUUGUAUUGGAAUGGUUGCCCGAGUGUAUGAUACAUUGUACUGUGGAUGAGCUAUCGCUGGAGACAUUUAGGAGUCGAGAUGGUUGGCAAAUCGAGGCUGGAUGCCGUUUAGCACAAGGGAAAGCAUUGAGAAGGAAAAGUGCCCAACCAUCACCACCAUUGAUUGAAUUUGGAUUGCAGAUGAAAGCUUCUCUCGACAUUCUUGACGGUUUAUUGAGUCGCUUAUCUCUCGAUAUCAAAGAUCCGAUCAUUUCGAUAAGUCAAGGAAUCUUCGAGCUAACGAAAAGUUCUGAAAGCGAGCACUUGGAAGCCGAAGAGCAACCACAAAUCGAUGAGAAACCGAAAAAGAAACGAUGGAUAGCGCUGUCGAAUCAGCUAUCAGAAAUGUCAUUUAUCAUUAAUAACAGUACUUUUCGAUAUGUGGCUUGGGGACAAGAAGAAAGAGUUCUCCAAUUAUCGAUUCGUGAAAUCGGAAUGAAACGAUCUGGUGGAUGGGCAGAGGGAAAAGUUGAAGAACUGAAAUUGGGAGAUUUGACAACAAGAUCAACAUUGAGAACAGCUUUCCUGCACGCUAAUGCAAAGGGAAACGAGAGCCUUUUGGAGGCAAAAAUCACAUCGGAUAGUGUGCACACAGCAUUGAAGAUCUCCGAUGUUCUCUGGUGGAGAUCUCAUUUGAUUUCUGUGCUCGCGAAUCGGCAAGGCAAUAGAUCUCCGACAACUGAUGGUCAAUCAAGCUCAUCCGAUCACUUUUCCCCAAAAUCCGAAUUCCCCUCAAUCGCCAUUUCUUUUGAAGUGGAAUCUCUUGCUUGUGAUGUCACUGAUAUGGAUGCAAUACAAUCAAAGCUUUCCAUUAGCUUCUUUAGCUUUUCAAAGUCUGGAUCAAAUAUUGAAGUGGGCGUCGAUUCAUUGAUCGUUUCCUCAAAUCAUCUAUCAACGAAUCAGAACUCUCAAAAUCCUUUACCGACUCCAUCAUUCGAUGUUCAUCAUUGGGGACAAACACUCUACAUUGGAGUGGCUCUAUUACAAAUUUCCCAAAACCCAUCUCAAACAAACGCCCUUUUGGCUAUCGAUGAUUGCAAGUUUGAGUGGAGUGAUCGUUUUGCUCAUCAGAUAGAAAAAGUUCUGAAUAGUCUCCGAUCAAGUAGUGAUAGGGAAGAGAAAGUGAAAGAGAUACCGGCAAAGAGGAUAUCGAUAAAGGCACGAUUGAAGAGAGGAGCCAUUUUGGCUCUAGCCAAAGAGUGCACAUUUGUGGCGGUAAUUUCGGAUGAAGUCGCGUUUGAGAGCCAAAAAUUGGGAAACGAUUUCGCCGUCUCGUUACGAAACGCUCGUUUGGGGAUUGGACAAACCACCACAGAGAGUGCUUUCAAUUUGGAAGUGCUGAGAACGGCUGGGAAAUUCGUGCCGAGAAAAGAUGAGGAAACGACAGCGCUUUGGAGGCUAUGGAGCCAGGCAAAGAAAGACGAUUUUCGAUCGACGAGGAGAAGACAUGCUGAAGAAGUUUAUGGGAAAAGAGGAGUGGAAAUGUUUGGUCUUUGUGAUACAAUCUUCCUAUCAAUGGCCUCAACGGAUUCAGUGAGAGAAAUGCUAAUAUCGGGUAAUGGAGAAGCGUAUCUGUCGUGGAGUUCCCUUUUACAUCGUGUCUUUCUACACAUAUUCCGAGUCACCAAGAGUUGUCUCAUUUCUCCAAAUCCGUCAAAUGAAUCUCAAUCAUCUGCACCGAAAAUCCCCCUCCAAUUGAAGAUUUCUACGAAAUUCCCGUUCAGUCUCGAUAUUGCGAUGGCCAGAUAUCACAGGAUGAUCUGGCGUGUUCCAUCGAUUCAUUUCGAAAAGGAUCAAAACGGUUUCAUCGUUACAUCACCCGAAUUAACAAUCACGUGUAAUGGAUAUCGUGUACUUCUUGUAACAAAUGUUUCAAUUGAUAUGAAACAACGAGAUACACAAAUGAUUCAAUCAAGAAAAGCUUUCGGCGAUCUUUUACUCGAUUCGAACAAAGUUUGGACUUGGGCUGCCGAUCUUUUCCAUUUCACACUUCCAUUUGAGUUCAACUUUGCUCAAGUGUUUUCCGAGUUUAUCAACUCCUUCAAAUGGCUUAAAGUUGUUCACGAGAUCAAAACGAAAUCUUUCACAAAAGAUUCCCCUCUGCCAGCUGAUGUGAAAAUUGUGAUCAAAGAGACUCGUCUUGAGCUAGAAGAUGAUCCAUUUGAGACAAGUUUACAAGCAAAUAAUGAACUAUUGGAGGAUGAGGUGUUUGAAUGUGAAAGACGAAGACAAAUGUUAGCUGAAAGAUUAGCGAAUGUCAAAAAAGCGAAUCCAUUGCUACCACAGACAAAAAUCGAUGAACUUUUUGCGUCAUUAUUAGAGAAGAAUAGUGCUAUUUACAUUGAAAGAUGGAGGAAACAACCGCCCGAAAAACGACCAUUGUUUGUGUCGAUUUGGAAAGAUUUACAGAUCAAAGCCUUUGCUGAUAUUUCUCUUCACGGAACACAAAAAUGUGUGUCAUUCAUUCAAGAAUUCGAUUCGGUUAGCCAUUAUCCAAUUGAUAUGGCUUUUUCGACAUUAUGGGCAAGAGGAUGUGAAUUUGAUGUGGAAUCGUGGAGUGCUCAUUUUAGAGAUUAUCCCAUACCGUACUUUCAGGCCACCGAUAUGCACUUUUUCGGGACACUUGUCGGCGCUGAACAGCUAGAAGCUCGUUCCCUUCGCGAUGUCGCGAUUCCCUUGCCUGAUCCAUGGGAAACACACACUGUUCAACGAAAUAUCGCUCCUCUCAAAUUCUACUAUGAUAUGCAAUGUGAGGCAACGCGUGUCGAUUCAUGGUAUGGACCGUGUUGGGAACCAUGUCUAUCAAUGGUUUCCCUUACAUGGAAUAAUAUCUCUUCCCCAUCCGUCGAUCCAUCACUCGUUCUCCCGUUUUGGGAUAAAAUGCGUUACUUGCUGCAUGGAAGGUUCAGUAUGCUGUGUAAAGAGGUCCGAACGAUCAUGCUGGCUUCACCAGAUCCAUACAACUCGACGGAAACCGUUGAAUGGUGUUGGGAGGAUUUUGGAUUGGAUUGGUUAAUUGGAGAGAUAAGGAUACGGUCUGGAUUAAGUGUUUAUGUGAGAACGGCAUCGAAAUAUGAUGAUUCGAGGAUACUCUUCUUGCCACAAUUAAAACUGCGUGUGACUCUUGAUUGGGUUUGUCUGGGUGAUCCCCAUGAUCAUCAUUCGGCUACCCCUUGUUCUCCGAGUCGUUUACCACAUUGUGCAACGGAACACGAUUCUUAUCGAGCUUUUCGAUCGAAAUGUCUCGAUUUGGCCAUCUAUUUCGAUGUCGAAUCGGCUGAUGUGCAUGGAGACCCAAAAGAAUCUCAGCGCUCAAAAUGGCCUCACGUUCUCCUCUACGCAAACACAUUUCGAUCAUUGGAGUUUUUGUUGAACACUCUCACAUUAACGAAUCGUCCCGUGAAGAAAGGAGCACUCUUCGGCUCGCCCACCCGCUCGAAACCCCAACUCAGCAAACAUUUCCGUGAUGUGAAAUUCAUGGUUAACUUCCCGUAUUUCCAUAUCACUUAUUGGAUGUCCCAUUCAUCGGAUUAUGGCUUCAGAGUGAGUUCUGAUGGCCUUGUCUUGUCUGCAUUUCUUCGUCUUUCCGCCACUCCUCUCGAUCAAAAUAAUCUCCGACGUCGUCGCUCAUUUCAAUGGAGUCAACAACAAGUGACUGCGGCUAUCGGGAAAACUCAGGUUCAUGUAUUCGGUCCAAACGCUGGUGGUCCAAUGGGUGACACGUGGGAAUCGGCGGAGACAUUGUUGAUGAGUUUAGAGCAAUUACAGUAUAUAAGAGAAGAAGGUGGAACGAAAGAGACAGCAUUGCAUCGAUUGAUAUGCACCGAUUUGAAGGCUUCAUGGACAUCAACAAAUCGUGAUGCUUGUUUGGUGAUCGCUGACGGUGUUCAUCGAGCUCAUUUAUUGAGAAGCAUUCUAUCAAAUGAUGCUAUCAAGACAUUAAAGCUAAAAACCGAGGAGGCGCAAAGACGACCUGAACAGAUUAUAACAAGAGAUCGGAUUGAUGACGAUGAUGAAAUGAAUAGAAAUCGAAGCUCAUCCGAUCAAGCAAACAGUCUCCUCGAUCAACUAAUCGAUGAGGCAAGCACGAAACUUGUCGCUCAUUGUGAACAGGCGACCGAAUUGCCGACUGAUUCUCUGCUCGGCGUUCUACAAUGUACCGCUGAUGAUGUGGUGAUGCUCAAUUGGCAAGUGGAUCUUUUGAAUAGUCAAUUGGUGUUGAAAGGUUGUGAGAAAGACGGUUUUCUCUUGGUGACCGCUGCGCGCACAUCGCUCACUCAGAAGAUUCAUCGCGGUGUCUGGAAAAACUCGCAACUCUUGGGGAAAAAGUCGUGGAGCGCUGUAUUGUCCGGGAUGCAGUAUUUUGCCCCGGUUUCGAUCAGCGAGGGCGCAAACAAGGAGCGUUUCCGGUGGUUGGGCAGAGAGGUGAUAGAAGAGAAAGCCCGGGAUAUCUCAAUGGACACUCUAUCAAAUUACAUUGCGACUGGAGAGGCUGUGGGUGGAAUUGUGCAAGGAAAUGCGACAAGUGUGGAAUCUUCAUCGACUUUCACUCCAACUCCAUCGGUUUCUCUUCAACGAAUUGUCUCUCGUUGUUCGUGUGAGAUCUAUUUUUGUUACUUCAGCGAGAAUCUCAAGACUGACGCUUUAGAGGAAACGGCUUUGCCACCGAUGAAUCCCGAGGUUCACACAUUGGAUGACGAUCAAAUGGUCGAUUGUCUCACCGUUAAGCACAAUAUGUUAGAGUCAAGCAGUAAUUCGGCUCAAUAUGAAAUGGUUGUUGAUAUCAUCAACAAUCUCGUUCUUUUCAUUGAUCCAAAAAAGAAAGAAGUGGCUGAACAUCGACGAAGAUUACGAUUUGAAUGUCAAAUGAUGAAUAUGCAACAAAUGAGGGAAAGUAUCGUUGAACAACAGACAGAACUUCGCGAAAUUGUGACAAUGGUUCGAUCAUUGGAACGACAAAUCUAUUAUAUUGAUACGUUAUCGGAAAAUGAAAGAGACAAAGAAGCGAGUAAAAGAAGGGAUCUAGCUGCUGAAAUGGAAGAUUUCAAAGCUCAACAAUUGGAGGUUUCUGAUCAAUUGGCUAUCUUUAUCAGUUGCUACAAACAGCGUCAAGUGGAACAGUUGAGAGCGGCGGCUGUUUCGGCGAGAGUUGAGGCUGAUCAACAAGCACCAGUGGCUAGGAGAUUUGAGGUGUGUUUCGAGGAUUGCAUUUGGAAGUUGACGGAAAGCGAUGGGCAAAUCGGGGUGGCCGCUUUGCAGAUCAGAAAUUUCUUAUACACUCGAGUGAUUCGCAUUGACAACAGUGGUGAGCAUUUAUUCGAGGUCGGCACAAUCCGAGUCACCAAUCUUCUACGCGACAAAUCCGACACAAUCUACAAGGACACUCUUCACCAAGAUGAACGAGUCACCCAUCUACAGCCGGCCAUUCGAAUCCUUUUACGUGAUAUGCCACCCGUUGCGGGAAUCUGUGUGAAAGAGCAUUUCGAGGUGAACAUCUCCCCAAUGGUCGCUCAAAUCACAUAUCGUUUCUUCGACGCGAUCAUGUCGUUCUUCUUCCCGGGCCAAAACAUUCAUAAUCAAGAAGAGAUUGAUACGAGUCAAGAAGAGGGAAAUCAGAAAAUGUCGUUAACGCGUCGAUUGGUCAAUAUUCGAUCAUCAAAGACGGGAGCUCAAUUUGACAGAAAACAGAGCACUCUCUCGACGAGACCAACUGCAAGCAGAAACUUCGAACGUUUCGAUGACAUUGAUCGAAUGAGAGAAAGAGCUGAUAAAAAUAAUCUCUUCGUUUACAUCAAAAUCCCAGAAGUGCCAUUUGUCGUCUCGUACAAGGGUAAAAAGGAGAAAAAUCUUCUCGAUGUCGAUCGCUUCCAUUUCGUUUUUCCUCUUUGUGAGUACCACGAGAGAAAUUGGACAUGGCUCGAUGUGAUUGUCUGUGUGAAACAGCGUGUCAGACGGGUCCUGCUACAACAGUUCAUGAAGCAAAAGCUGCUGCGAAAUCGCUUAGUUGGUGGAGGACCAGACCCGUUUGAGGGAGUGACUGAAGAUGACAAAAAGAGGAUAGCGUUGGGCACGGUGAGUUGCGGAGAAAUUAAAGUGCCC